GAACACGUGUCCCGGUAUCAGGCCUGCCUGGCUGAGUCGUCUUUCACAUGGCGGUGCAGGCAGAGCUGCUCCUGGAGGAUGGAACCCGCUUCACCGGGCGCAUGUUCGGGGCCGAGGUCCCGGUGUCCGGGGAAGUGGUGUUCCAGACUGGCAUGGUGGGAUACCCUGAGGCCCUGACUGACCCCUCCUACAAGUCUCAGAUCCUCGUCCUCACCUACCCGCUGGUUGGUAACUACGGCGUCCCGCAGGAUGAGCUGGAUGAGUUUGGACUUAGUAAGUGGUUCGAGUCCGGCCGGAUCCACGCCGCCGGCUUGAUCGUGGGGGAAUGUUCGGAGAACCCGAGUCACUGGAGCUGCGCCAAAUCACUUAACCAAUGGCUUCAAGAGCAGGGGAUCCCGGGACUGCAAGGCGUGGACACCCGGGCCCUCACCAAGAAGAUCCGGGAGAAGGGCACCAUGCUGGGCAAACUAGUACCGCAGGGCACGGAUGAGAAGCAGGUGCCAUAUGACGACCCCGGGAAGAGGAACCUGGUGCAGGAGGUGUCCCUGAAGGAGCCUCGCGUGUUCAACCCCGGAGGUGACGUGAAGAUCGCGGCUCUGGACUGUGGCCUGAAGUACAACCAGAUCCGCUGCCUGUGCCAGAGGGGGGCGGAGGUGACCGUGCUGCCCUGGGACUCGCCAAUCGACAGCGCAGAGUAUGACGGCCUCUUCCUCAGUAAUGGCCCCGGGGACCCCGUGUACUGCCAGCAGUCCGUGCUCCACAUCCACCGCUACAUGGAGGGCGAGAACCCAAAACCCCUGUUUGGAAUUUGCCUGGGGCACCAGAUCCUCUCCCUGGUGAUCGGCGCCAAGACCUACAAGAUGAAAUACGGAAAUCGCGGUCACAACCAGCCGUGUAUCCACGCGGCGUCCCAGCGCUGCUUCAUCACUUCCCAGAACCAUGGCUACGCUGUGGACCCCCACACUCUCCCAGACGGGUGGUCUCCGCUCUUCACCAACGCCAAUGACCACACCAAUGAGGGAAUCAUUCAUAACUCCAAGCCGUUUUUCAGCGUGCAGUUCCACCCGGAGCACCGCGCCGGCCCCAUGGACCUCGUCUGUCUCUUCGAUGUCUUCCUGGACACCGUACGUGACAUGAAAGCUGGGAAGACGGAGCUGCGCACAGUGAAGGAACGUCUCGAUCACGUCCUGACCUACAAGGACUCCCCGAACGUGAGUGACCUGCAGAGCGGCCGCCCCCGGAAGGUGCUCAUCCUGGGCUCCGGGGGGCUGUCCAUCGGCCAGGCCGGAGAGUUUGACUACUCGGGCUCUCAGGCCAUUAAAGCUUUGAAGGAGGAGAAAAUUCAGACCGUGCUCAUUAACCCCAACAUUGCCACAGUGCAGACCUCCAAGGGGCUGGCCGACAAGGUCUACUUCCUGCCCAUCACAGCGGACUACGUGACUCAGGUGAUUAAGAAUGAGCGGCCAGACGGCGUCCUGCUAACGUUUGGUGGUCAGACGGCUCUGAACUGCGGCGUGGAGCUGACCAAGCGCGGCGUACUGGAGAAGUACAACGUCCGGGUGCUCGGGACCCCUGUCAGCUCCAUAGAAAUGACCGAGGACCGGAAGGUGUUUGUGGAGAAGAUGGAGGAGAUUGGCGAGCACGUCGCUCCAAGUGAAGCCGCCUUCUCUCUAGAACAGGCACAGGCAGCCGCUGAACGGCUCGGGUAUCCAGUUCUGGUGCGCUCGGCCUACGCAUUGGGCGGGUUGGGAUCCGGAUUUGCCAACUCGAAGGAGGAGAUGACGUCGUUGGUGUGCCAGGCGUUUGCCCACACCACCCAGGUGCUGGUGGAUAAAUCCCUGAAGGGCUGGAAGGAGAUAGAGUACGAGGUGGUGCGGGACGCCUACAACAACUGCGUGACGGUGUGUAACAUGGAGAACGUGGACCCACUGGGCAUUCACACCGGCGAGUCCAUCGUGGUGGCCCCCAGCCAGACCCUGAACGACCGCGAGUACAACCUGCUGCGGAACACCGCCAUAAAGGUGAUCCAGCACCUGGGGAUUGUGGGGGAGUGUAACAUCCAGUAUGCGCUAAACCCCGAAUCUGAGCAGUAUUACAUCAUCGAGGUGAAUGCUCGCCUCUCCCGCAGCUCUGCCCUGGCGAGUAAGGCGACUGGUUACCCCCUGGCAUACGUGGCAGCAAAGCUGGCUCUGGGCAUCCCACUGCCUGUCCUCAGGAACUCUGUCACCAAUUCCACGACCGCCAACUUCGAGCCCAGCCUGGACUACUGCGUGGUGAAGGCGCCGCGCUGGGACCUCAGCAAGUUCCUGCGGGUCAGCACCAAGAUCGGCAGCUCCAUGAAGAGCGUGGGUGAAGUGAUGUCGGUGGGGCGGAGCUUUGAGGAGGCGUUCCAGAAGGCGUUGCGCAUGGUGGACGAGAACUGCGUGGGGUUCGAUCACACAGUGAAGUCUGCAUCUGAUGAGGAACUGGCCACUCCCACCGAUAAGCGGAUCUUUGUGCUGGCGGCCGCCCUGCGCGCUGGUUACACCAUUGAGCGGCUGUACGAGCUGACCAAGAUCGAUCGCUGGUUCCUGCACAAGAUGAAGAACAUCACCGACCACGUGAACGCGCUGGAGGCAUGCCGGGACGAGAAUGCCAUGCCGCGUAGUCUCCUGCACCGCGCAAAACAGCUGGGCUUCUCCGACAAGCAGAUCGCACAGGCCGUGCAGAGCACGGAGCUGGCCGUCCGGAAGGUGAGGCAGGAAUGGCAGAUUCUGCCGCAGGUGAAGCAGAUCGACACGGUGGCUGCAGAGUGGCCAGCGCAGACCAAUUACCUGUACCUGACCUACAACGGCAUCGAGCAUGACCUGGACUUCCAGGAGCCCCACGUCAUGGUGCUAGGAUCCGGCGUCUACCGCAUCGGCAGCAGCGUGGAGUUUGACUGGUGUGCGGUGGGUUGCAUCCAGGAACUGCGCAAGAUGGGCUUUAAGACUAUCAUGGUGAACUACAACCCGGAGACUGUGAGCACCGACUACGACAUGUGCGACCGCCUGUAUUUCGAUGAGAUUUCCUUUGAGGUGGUGAUGGACAUCUAUGAGCUGGAGAACCCGGAGGGGAUUAUCCUGUCCAUGGGGGGGCAGCUCCCUAAUAACAUCGCCAUGUCCCUGCACCGUCAGCAGUGCCGUGUCCUGGGCACUUCCCCCGAGGCCAUCGACUCUGCUGAGAACCGCUUCAAGUUCUCUCGCCUGCUGGACACGAUCGGGAUCAGUCAGCCGCAGUGGAAGGAGCUCUCAGACACACAGUGUGCGCUUCAGUUCUGUAACGCGGUUGGUUACCCCUGCGUUGUGCGGCCAUCGUACGUUUUGAGCGGCGCUGCCAUGAAUGUGGCCUAUUCUGAUGAUGAUCUGGAGAAGUUCCUCACCAGUGCUGUGGCCGUGUCUAAGGAGUAUCCGGUGGUCAUCUCCAAGUUCAUCCAGGAAGCCAAGGAGAUCGACGUUGACGCGGUGGCAUGUGACGGGGUGGUGGUCGCUGUGGCCAUUUCUGAGCACGUGGAGAAUGCGGGGGUGCACUCUGGAGAUGCCACGCUGGUCACCCCUCCUCAGGAUAUCACCCCCAAAACUCUGGAGAGGAUUAAGGCCAUCGUCCAUGCGGUGGGGCUGGAGCUCCAGGUGACAGGGCCCUUUAACCUCCAGCUGAUCGCAAAGGACGAUCAGCUGAGGGUGAUUGAGUGUAAUGUCCGAGUCUCCCGCUCCUUUCCCUUUGUCUCUAAGACGCUUGGGGAGGAUCUGGUGGCCCUGGCCACGCAAGUCAUUAUGGGGGAAGAGGUGGAGCCACUCGGGCUUAUGGCAGGCACAGGAAUUGUUGGAUUAAAGGUGCCGCAGUUCUCCUUCUCUCGUCUGGCUGGAGCAGACGUGGUUCUCGGGGUGGAGAUGACCAGCACCGGGGAGGUGGCUUGCUUUGGGGAGAACCGCUAUGAGGCGUAUCUGAAGGCCAUGCUGAGCACCGGCUUCAAGAUCCCUCAGAACAACAUCCUACUGACCAUCGGGAGCUACAAGAAUAAGAGUGAGCUUCUGCCCACGGUGCGGACAUUGGAGAGCCUGGGAUACAGUCUGUAUGCCAGCGUGGGUACAGCGGACUUCUACACAGAGCAUGGCAUCAAGGUGAAAGCCAUGGAUUGGCCAUUUGAGGAAACGGACAACGAUGGGGCCCUGAAGGAGAAGCAGCGGAGCAUCAUGGACCAUCUGUCUGAGAACCACUUUGACCUUGUCAUCAACCUCUCCAUGAGGAACUCUGGGGGGCGCAGACUGUCCUCCUUUGUGACACGUGGUUACCGUACCCGCCGAUUGGCCGUGGACUACUCGGUGCCCCUUAUCAUUGAUAUCAAGUGCACCAAACUGUUUGUGGAGGCUCUCAGGCAGAUCAGAGUGGCGCCUCCAGUGAAGACCCAUGUGGACUGUAUGACCUCCCAGAAACUCAUCCGCCUACCAGGUCUGAUUGACGUCCACGUGCAUCUGCGGGAGCCAGGCGCCACACACAAGGAAGACUUCUCGUCUGGAACGGCGGCAGCGCUGGCUGGUGGUGUGACCAUGGUGUGCGCCAUGCCCAAUACCAACCCUGCCAUCACAGACGCAGCCACAUUCUCAUUGGCGCAGAAGUUGGCGGAGGCUGGCGCCCGCUGUGACUUUGCCCUGUUCCUUGGAGCGUGUUCAGAGAACGCAGGUUCCCUCACCCCCAUCGCCAGCUCAGCGGCUGGACUGAAGAUGUACCUGAACGACACCUACUCCCAGCUGAAGAUGGACAACGUGUCCCUGUGGAUGGAGCACUUUGAGAAGUGGCCCGCUCACUUGCCCAUCGUGGCUCAUGCUGAGAACCAGACGGUUGCCGCCAUCUUGAUGGUGGCGCAGUUGUACAAGCGAUCGGUGCACAUCUGCCAUGUGGCCAAGAAGGAGGAGAUUCUCAUCAUCAAGGCGGCCAAGCAGCGGGGGAUACAGGUGACUUGCGAGGUGGCCCCCCAUCAUCUCUUCCUGUGUCUGGAUGACCUGGAGCGGCUGGGUCAGAAGCGAGGCCAGGUGCGCCCCAUGCUGGGCACCAGAGAAGACCUGCAGGCACUGUGGGACAACCUGGACAUUAUUGACUGCUUCGCCACAGAUCACGCCCCUCAUUCUGUGGAGGAAAAGGAAGGUCCUAAUCCUCCUCCUGGAUACCCGGGCCUGGAGACCAUGCUGCCCCUUCUGCUUACUGCAGUCAGUGAUGGGCGACUGACUAUCGAUGACAUCAUCAAACGGCUGUACGAGAACCCCCGAAAAAUCUUCUCCCUCCCAGUCCAAGAGAACACAUACAUAGAGGUGGAUCUGGAGCAGGAGUGGACCGUCCCGCAGUCCAUGCAGUUCACCAAGUCGAAGUGGACUCCGUUUGAAGGGAUGGAGCUGAAGGGUGCGAUACGCAGGGUGGUUCUCCGAGGGGAAGUCGCCUACAUAGACGGCCAGGUUCUAGUGCCGGCCGGUUAUGGUCAGGAUGUCAGGAAAUGGACUCCACCGCUGGUCGCAGCCUCGCAGCCGGCGCCCCCUAAAGAGAUGGUGAAGACUCCAGAGCGUCACCGUCAUGUCACCAUGCAGAGCGAGACCAUCCGCAGCCGCGCUCCCAGCCCCCGCAGAGCCGGCCCCGCCGGAGACGCCCGCUUCCAUAUGCCCCCCAGAAUCCAUCGCUCCUCUGAUCCCGGGUUACAAGUGCUCAGGAGGACAUCCUCAUCUCUGCAUCGGGGCGGCAGCGCCAGGAGCGCAGCUGACGAGCAGAGGGAGCGAGUGGCCAAGAAGCCUCCAGAAGCAGAUCUCUCCACCAUCCAGGACGGUUACCCCCACCCGCCCCCGAUCCCUCGCCUCAUGUCCCCCCAGAACAUGCCCAUACAGACUGUCCCCCACGUGCAGACCUCCCCGCUGCUGCACCCCUUCAUAGGACAGCACAUCCUGUCCGUCAAGCAGUUCAGCAAGGAUCAGAUGUCGCACCUCUUUAAUGUGGCGCACACGCUGCGGAUGCUGGUGCAGAAGGAGCGCAGUUUGGACAUUCUCAAGGGUAAAGUAAUGGCCGCCAUGUUUUUCGAGGCGAGCACACGGACCAGCAGCUCCUUUGCGGCAGCCAUGCAUCGCCUGGGCGGCUCUGUGCUCUCGUUUUCGGAGACUACGUCGUCCUCUCAGAAGGGGGAGUCGCUGGCGGACUCUGUUCAGACCAUGAGCUGUUACGCGGAUCUGCUGGUGGUGAGACAUCCAGAGCCAGGCGCUGUGGAGCUUGCCGCUAAGCACUGCCGUAAACCAGUGAUCAAUGCGGGAGACGGGGUGGGAGAGCAUCCAACACAAGCCCUGCUGGAUAUCUUCACCAUCCGGGAGGAGCUGGGCACCGUCAACGGGAUGACGAUCACCAUGGUCGGAGAUCUGAAGCAUGGCCGCACAGUCCACUCUCUCGCCUGCCUCCUGACCCAAUACCGCAUCAAUCUGAGAUACGUGACGCCGCGCAGCCUGCGCAUGCCCUCCAAGAUCGUCCACUUUGUGGCUUCCAAGGGAAUCAAGCAGGAGGAGUUCGGCAGCAUUGAGGAGGCGCUCCCGGACACAGACGUGCUCUACAUGACCCGGAUACAGAAGGAGAGGUUCGAGAGCAAGGAGGAGUAUGACAAUUGUUUUGGACAGUUCAUCCUCACCCCACACAUCAUGACCCGUGCCAAGAAGAAGAUGGUGGUGAUGCACCCGAUGCCACGUGUCAAUGAGAUCAGUCUUGAAGUGGACUCGGACCCUCGGGCAGCGUACUUCCGCCAGGCCGAGAACGGGAUGUACGUGCGGAUGGCGCUGCUGGCCACAGUCCUGGGAAAGUACUGAUACAGAGAGCUGUACACUAGACCAUCCCCCGGUGCCCCCCGAGAGACGUUCCUGAUUGGAUGAUACGUGCACUGUCGUCCCGCUCACCAGUCAUUCCCAUCUCCAGUCAUCCCAGUCACACUGGUUACAUUACAUGACUUCCUCAUCUAACGCUUUUUUCUGAUUGUCGUGACUCUCCCUGAGGCCACACCCACCCGGUGACAUCACUGCCAUCUUUUCGGCAGACAGUAAAGCGCUCUGUGCUAGUGGCUGUCCUCUGUGGGUCACGUCUGAUCUGUGCUGCUCUGAUUAGUCGCUCGUAGAUGGCGGGACGCUCGGACUGGUUUUAUAUGUGAAGAUACAGGGAACUUUGCUUUUCCUCCUUUUUCUAAAUAAAGAGAAUUCUCUAAAUUA